CUCUCGUUCCUUCCGCGCCGGGACUGGCGGGCCCAGCUCCUCCCCCGCGCGUCCUCUCUCCCCUCCGCGGCCCUCCCUCCACCGGCCGUUCCUCCCUCCUUCCCUCCUCCUCCUCCUCCUCUUCCUCGGAGAGGCGCUCCUCCAGCAGCCAGACAGCAUGGCGGCCGUGGAGACGCGGGUGUGCGAGACGGACGGCUGCAGCAGCGAGGCCAAGCUCCAGUGCCCCACCUGCAUCAAGCUGGGCAUCCAGGGCUCCUACUUCUGCUCGCAGGAAUGUUUUAAAGGAAGUUGGGCUACUCACAAGUUACUACAUAAGAAAGCAAAAGAUGAAAAGGCAAAGCGGGAAUUGUCUUCCUGGAGUCUAGAAGGUGAUAUUAACACUGAUCCAUGGGCAGGUUAUCGAUACACGGGUAAACUCCGACCACAUUAUCCACUGAUGCCAACCAGGCCCGUGCCAAGUUAUAUUCAAAGACCAGAUUAUGCUGAUCAUCCUUUAGGAAUGUCUGAAUCUGAACAAGCUCUUAAGGGUACUUCUCAAAUUAAAUUACUGUCAUCGGAAGAUAUAGAAGGGAUGCGACUCGUAUGUAGGCUUGCUAGAGAAGUCUUGGAUAUUGCUGCUGGGAUGAUUAAACCAGGUGUAACUACUGAAGAAAUAGAUCAUGCUGUGCAUUUAGCAUGCAUUGCAAGAAAUUGCUAUCCUUCUCCAUUGAAUUAUUAUAAUUUCCCAAAGUCUUGUUGUACUUCAGUGAAUGAAGUUAUCUGUCAUGGAAUUCCAGACAGACGGCCCUUGCAAGAAGGUGAUAUUGUUAACGUGGACAUCACUCUUUAUCGCAAUGGCUAUCAUGGGGACCUGAACGAGACGUUCUUUGUUGGCGAUGUGGAUGAGGGAGCACUGAAGCUGGUUCAGACCACGUAUGAGUGCUUGAUGCAAGCCAUCGACGCAGUGAAACCUGGCGUUCGAUACAGAGAACUGGGAAACAUUAUUCAGAAGCAUGCCCAAGCAAAUGGCUUUUCAGUUGUUCGAAGCUACUGUGGGCAUGGAAUCCAUAAGCUUUUUCAUACAGCCCCCAAUGUACCCCACUAUGCCAAAAAUAAAGCAGUUGGAGUGAUGAAGGCGGGCCACGUAUUUACCAUUGAGCCAAUGAUUUGUGAAGGUGGAUGGCAGGAUGAAACCUGGCCAGACGGGUGGACCGCGGUGACGAGAGAUGGGAAGCGGUCUGCUCAGUUUGAGCACACGCUGCUGGUCACGGACACUGGCUGUGAAAUCCUAACCCGGCGACUGGAUAGCGAGCGGCCUCACUUCAUGUCCCAGUUUUAAUUUCCCCGAGAUGGCACAUCUCGGUAACACUUCCUGGCUGUACUUGGCUUUUUAUUGAGAGUACAGGAUGGAAGAGAAAUUUUUAUUAUUUGUUUUGUUUUGACUAUAGAUAAGGAAGGAUUGCAGCAUUUGACACGUGUCCUCAAGAACUUGUCUUGGGUCUGGAAAAGCCAAGAAGAAUAAAGGAAACACUUUCAACUCCUUUCAGUGUUCCCCUCUCUCCCUCCUCCCACCCCCAAUCUCUGCUGCACCCCUGUUUUCUCUUUUGCCCUUUGAGCACUUUUACCUAAACCUGCUUCUAGUUGCUUUUAUCACUGCCACAACUGGGCACCGAGAGCCAGCUGCUUUCCAGAUAGAUGAAUGUGGAACAUGAGAACCCUUGAAACUUUAGCAACAUAUGUUGUUUCAGAUUUUUUUUUUAUUAUAUAGGAAAUAUAUAUGUAUACAUUUUAAAUUCCUUUUAUGUAAUUACUGAACACUAUGUGCCCUGGGUAUGUGUUGAUUCUGCUCUGACAGGGUUCUAUGCUGUCCUAAAUGGACCCAUAGUGUGCAGUGGGUUAAUUCCCAGUUGGGAAUUGUCGUCGUCCUCCCCGCACCCCGCAGUGCUAAUUACUUACCUUUGUAGUUGUAUGGAAGGAAACACUCAGUCAGACUGUCAGUGAAUGGAUGUGGCAAAAUUCACUUUGAGAAAAGGUUAGGUUUUUAAAAAAUCUAUUUAUGGCAAAAAUAGCCAUGCUCCACGUGGUAGUGGCUGUUGCAGAGCAUGAGGAUUUUGUAAUACAUUGCUAUUUCAGACCUCUCUAGGGUCAAAAUGGGAGGGAAAGAGUUCCCUUUCUUCCACUCUUUUUUUAUUUCUAGAGCACACCUUGGAGAUAUUCAGGGGAGGGUGGGGGUUGCACUAUGGGAGUGAGUGGGGAAAGCCAGUUUUGAAAGCUCUCCAGCAGUGAGCGAAGUCAGUCAGGUGAGAGGUUAGACCUAACGUUUAGUAAACCUGGUGG